GAUGUCACCUGCAAGUGACUUAUAAGUGGAGCAAGGCUACAGGUGCCCUGGAACGCUUUAUCUGCACCAAUACCCAGAGCUGCAACCAUGGCCAUCUCUGUGCUCCGGAUGACAGUUUUCCUGGGACUGCUUGCCUUGAUCCUGACUUGCCAUGCUGAUGACAAACGAGAUGACAAGUCAGAUGACAAGUCAGAUGACAAGCCAGAUGACAAGCCAGAUGCCUCAGGCAAAAAACCAGAGGACAUGCCAACAUUCCUACACCUCUUGGGCAGAGAAAUCAUUGAGAAUGCAGUGUCAUUCAUCCUCCGCUCCAUAGAAAGGAAAGACUGAGACAAAUCUUACUUUUGUCCAGUUCGCUGUUGGCAAAUGACCACAUUGCAUUAAAAUGAAUGGGAAUCAAAAUUUUUGUGCAUGCCAAUGUAUGAAUUUAAUUGAAAAGUGUUGCCCCGCCUUAA